GCCGCUGUGCCCGCCGCUGUAGACGACCGAGCAGCAUACGUAAACUUUGUUUUUGAGGGUAAUUUGCCGAUAACCUUAGAUCAAUUACGCGAACAUACGCGAAAGGAUAUUACUUUAUGUAAAGUUAUACAAUACGUUUUACAGGGCUGGCCUAGGAAAAUAGAUAAUAUAGGUUUAAAACCUUAUCAUAAAUGUAGACUUCAGUUGGCUUUUGAAAAUGGGUGCCUUAUGAAGGGGUCACAAAGUUGUCAUACCCCAAGCUCUGCAGAGUACUGUAUUAAAUGAAUUACACCACUCUCAUCUGGGUAUAGUAAAAACAAAAGCAGAGGCGCGUUCACGAUUUUGGUUCCCGAACAUAGAUAAUGCACUGGAAAAAAUGAUAAGUGCAUGCAACAUUUGCAUUCAACUCAGGCCAACACCGCCGCGUGCGCCCCUGGCAACAUGGCAAUUCCCACCGAAAAUAUUCUAUAGGGUGCAUCUAGAUUUUUUAGGACCUAUUAAUAACCGGAUGUAUUUAAUUAUUGUAGACGCAUACUCCAAGUGGGUAGAAGUAUACGACACAUCCAAUGCAUGUACUACGAGUGUUGUAAUUGAAAAACUUUGCGAAUUUAUGUCUCGAUUUGGGGUCCCCCACACUAUAGUAAGUGACAAUGGAUUAGCUUUUACAUCACAAGAAUUCCAACAGCAUUGCUUACUCAAUGGUAUAACUCAUAUAACAUCGCCGGCUUAUCACCCUGCGAGUAACGGGCAAGCAGAAAGCUAUGUGAAAAUAAUUAAGAAAGGCCUUCGAACCAGUAUACUAUCAUCGGAUAAUCAAAAAACCAGUAAAUUGAAUUUGUUAAAAUACUUAUUUCACUAUCGUAAUUCGGUACACUCUGUCACAGGCCUUUCUCCGGCUCAAAUAGUAUAUGGCGAAAAUCUUAGGUCACGUUUAGAUUUACUUAAUCCUAAGCCCGUGCGGCCGUCCUCGUCGUCAAUCACAUCUCUUACUGACCGUGUUAAACAACAACAGUGCUCGCAGAAUAAGUACUAUGGCGGUAAGAAUAAACAGUGUUAUAGUGUUAAUGACAAAGUUUUAUACAAAAAAUAUUUUAAUGGUAAUAAGUUUGUUUGGUACAAAGGAAUUGUUGUAAAAAGACUCGGAAAAGUUUUAUAUUUAAUUAAAGAUGUAGUGCAUUUAAAGUUAUUAAAAAAGCACAAAAAUCAAAUUAUUUUGUUCCGAGGCGAUCAGGUUGCCGAAAGUUAUGACUAUAUGGAUGGCGAUAACUACGAUGAAAGUGAGCAGUGCGCCACCGUCGCGCCUAACUCGCCCUCGACUGUGAGGGAAGAGGAACCGAGGCCGGAGGACGUGGACACGCGGUCAUUGUUGUCGUCACCUUCAACAGAGGUGCCUCCCUCAAGGAGUACUGUUAGACUAUUGCGACCGAUUCCUAGAGUUAAUUAUAAGGUGUAAAAUUGUUAUUUUUAAAAGUAUAGUAUUAGUAUUUCUUUGUAUUGUGUCUUUUUGAAGGGGAGAAGGUGUUAUAUAUGUAGUUAUAAGUAUAGCGUGCUGCGUACACGCCCUUGGCGAUGGGCUAAUAAAUUAGUGCGUUACGAGCCAGCGUUUGUUUCACUCGUGUCCCGUAUAGCAUACUUAACAACAAUUAUUUUUGACACGGGAUUCUACAGGAUCUCAGCGCGGUAGAGACUUUCCCGCCCUCACACCCACCACUA